GGCAACGGGAAAAACAAAACUGCACCAACACAAAACAGUAUUCAUCGCACAUCGGCAAAACGAAGGCAACGGGGAAACCAAAGUUCGUAGCAUAGACUCAUCGAGCUUACCACUAAAGCCUAAACAGACAAAGCUAAAGAAAAAUGGAAGACAAACAUAAGAAUCUGCUUAAGAAUUCAAACAUCACAACAUCACCAACAAAGAACCCACCUAAGACAAAAUCCAGGCCAACCCAACUCUCAUUUCAUUCAAAUACCUCACAGUAUGACAAAUUACAGAAUUUUUUUUUUGUUUAAUUUUAUUUAACGGUUUCAUGUAUAUUUAAGGAGGAUGAGGGUUCAGAGCAAAUGGAGUGCUGUGGAUAAUAUGACCGAGAUGGGUGUGGGGAGCUUAGAUUCUUCUACUUGUUCAAGGGUAACCAUUUUUGUAGUCUUGGGUUUGGUUUUGAACUUGGCAGUGGUUUGUAAUGGAGGUCAAACAAGCGCUUUUGUGCGGAAAAUUGAUUUCAGCGCGGAUAUGCCGCUUGACAGUGACGUCUUUCGAGUCCCUCCUGGGUACAAUGCACCUCAACAAGUUCAUAUAACACAAGGAGACCACACGGGAAGCGCGGUGAUUGUGUCAUGGAUCACUGCCGACGAACCAGGUUACAGUAAGGUGGUUUACUGGAGUGCAAAUAGCGAGAACCAGACGGCUGAGGGCAUAAUUACAACUUAUACUUUUUACAAUUACACUUCUGGUUACAUUCACCAUUGUGUCAUCGGAAACUUGACGUUCAACACCAGAUAUUACUAUGUGGUUGGAAUUGGCGAAGAAACUGAAACGCAGUUCUGGUUUACAACUCCUCCUGAAGUUGGGCCGGACGUACCUUACACAUUUGGUCUCAUAGGGGAUCUGGGUCAGACCUUUGAUUCAAACAAGACUCUUACUCAUUACGAAUCAAACCCGCUGAAAGGACAAACAAUAUUGUAUCUUGGGGACCUCUCCUAUGCAGAUGACUACCCGAAUCAUAAUAAUGUUCGGUGGGAUACAUGGGGAAGAUUUGUGGAGAGAAGUGCUGCUUAUCAACCUUGGAUAUGGACCGCAGGGAAUCAUGAAAUUGAUUUUGCCCCAGAAGUUGGUGAACCAAUACCUUUUAAGCCUUACACUCACCGGUAUUAUGUCCCGUAUAAUGCAUCGGGGAGUACUGCUCCAUUUUGGUACUCAAUCAAAAGAGCUUCCGCAUACGUUAUAGUCUUGGGUUCUUAUUCUGCAUACGGUACAUACACUCCGCAGUACAAAUGGCUCCAGGAGGAGCUACCGAAAGUUAACAGGAGUGAGACCCCUUGGUUGAUUGUUAUAAUGCAUUGUCCAUGGUAUAAUAGCUACCAGUCGCACUAUAUGGAAGGAGAAGCCAUGAGAGUAAUGUUUGAGGCCUGGUUUGUGGAGUACAAAGUCGAUGUGGUAUUUAGCGGUCAUGUCCAUGCCUACGAGCGAUCUGAACGCAUCUCCAAUGUUGCAUAUGACAUUGUGAAUGCUAAUUGCACUCCUGUAAAAGAUCAAUCUGCACCCGUCUACAUUACUGUUGGUGAUGGAGGAAAUCUUGAAGGCUUAUCGACCGUUAUGACGGAGCCACAGCCAGAUUACUCAGUCUUCCGGGAAGCCAGUUUUGGUCACGGCAUCUUUGACAUCAAGAACAGAACCCAUGCUCACUUUAGCUGGCACCGCAACGAAGAUGGAUAUGCCGUAGAAGCUGAUUCCCAUUGGCUUUUCAAUAGAUACUAUUAUCCCGCUGAUGAUUCAAAAUCCACAAGUGCCUAA